GAAUUUCCCGCCUAGACUGCAUUUGAACUAACUCGACUAACUCUAACUGAAUUAACCAACUAAACUGACUGAUGAGCUGGAAAUUCCUUAUUAAUUGGAGUUUCAGCUAAUUACAUGUAUUUGUGACUCAAUCAGAAAUCAUCAAUUACAAAUCAUGUAUCAGUGCUCCCUGCAGCAAAAGAUCCUUGACCACAAGGAUCAAAACUUGGACCGCUCUCUCCUCUCUCCUCUCCCAGACGAUGGAGAAACCUUAGAGCAGCCAUGGCUGCAACGCCCUCUCCCCAGCCUUUGGCUGUGGGAGAGACAAAUCCAACCCCUAAUACAUCCACUUCUUAUGCAACUCUCCUAAAUCCUAAACAAUCUGCCCAAGUUACCACAAAAACCAUACUAAAACCAAUCGAAACAGUUCAUGGAGAACCUACCAUCACGUUUUCAAUGGAGGACAGACAAGACUUUGCGAUCGAAGAAGGAUUGCAUCAAGCAGUGGUGGUUAAAUUAUCUCAUGGAGCGCCAGAUUUAUAGGACUUAAGGUCACUUCUGCCAAAACAUCUUGGUACCAAGGCCAAUUGCUUAAUUGGUUUACUUGCUCCAAGACAAAUCUUGUUUAGGUUUGACCAAUAUGAAGAUUUUGUACUAGCCUUAUCUCGCUCAGUUAACUAUCUUCUCUACAAUGGACAAGAGCAUCAAUAUAGGGUAUUUCCAUGGUCCAUUGGAUUUAAUCCUAAGGAGGAAACGACUAAGGCUGUGGUAUGGAUUUCUUUACCUGAUUUAUCUCCUGAUUUGUUUGCAAAGAAGUCUCUAUUGUCUAUAGCGUCCGCAGUUGGGAAACCAAUAGCUAUAGAUAAAGCAACUCAAAUCAAGUCAAGACCUAGCACAGCUAGGGUAAAAGUCAUACUCGAUCCAAUGGGUAAGCUUCCAAAUCGUACAAGGCUGCAGUUCGUGGAUGGAAAAUCUGGUAAAGUUGUCGAGGUUUUCCAGGAGAUUGUAUAUGAUAAUUUGCCUCUGUAUUGCAACUAUUGUAAGCACCAAGGUCAUGAUGAAGGUAGUUGUCGUCUGAUAUCGAAAAGACAUAAAAAUAACAAUCAAGCUGAUGGGGAAGAUGAAGAUGGAAGUGUUGAAAAAUUUCAAGGUGAUUUGCGUACAAUUUUAGAUGGGAAAAAAUUUAAACAGUAAAAGGAGUAGAUCUUUCCGGUCCCACUGUUAGUAAUGCAUUAUUUGAAAUUCAAAAUAGUGCUGCGAAUUUGAAUGGUGUGUCGAAUAGCAAAUCAGGGCAGCAACAACUUGGAAACGGAGGAACAAGUGCACUGGUUGCUCCCACUUAUGAGCAAAAUCGUGCAUCAGGUGAAAAUUAUGGAAAUAGAGGUGUAUCAGAGGUGCUUUCGCAAAAUUCUGGGCAGCAGUUGACGACAGUUAGAGAAGCUACGAAAGCGCAAUAUGAAGUCGCAAAUGUCGAUUGGACUGAUGCACUGGGUGCUGCCAAUUCUGAGCAAAAUCGUGCAGCCACAAUGGAGGUUGAUACAAGUAAUAUUGUUCAUGAAAUAGCUUCUGGAAAAGGAGGUGUUUCAGAGAUUCCAUUGCAAAAUCGUGCAGCCACAAUGGAGGCGGACUUGGAUACUGGUUUAACGUCAAAACCAGUUGAUGCUACAGCAGAUAAAUCGCCAUUAGUGGCUCUUAAUAUUGGUGCUACUGAUAUGGAAGAAUCUGGGCAGCAAUUAAAUAGCAAUGCAAUCGAAAAAGCAGGGGCAACACCAAGAGUUGGGGUCGAUGCGUCACGAGUUGAUUCGGGGCAAAAACUGAUUGAUACAGUUGAUGUUAAUGCUGCUGAAAAUUCUGGGCAGCAUGUUUUGCAAGUUGAAAACGAGAAUGGAACUAGAAAUUGGACAUUGGUUGCACACAAAAAUUCAGGGGGAAGUCGUAUUGGUUCCUCGGCUAGUCAAAGUAAUUCCCCAAGUCGGGGAAAGGGUGCGACGGGAAAUGUUCAGUUGUGCGUCGAUCCUAAUUUAAUUCUACCGACUCAAAAUGUUUUUGAACCAUUGUCCGGUACUGAAAAAUUUCAGCUGGAGCAUUGUGUGGAGAAAAAUACCACUUUUGUGCAAUCUACAAACGAUUUGAUUGUUUCGGAGGAAAACCCAGGGGAAACGAGCAGGGGCGAAUUUGUGUGUAAAUUUUGGAUCACGUGAACACAUGGUCACUCGACUAAUCUCGAUAUAUUAUGUGUAUAAUUCUGAAAAUAUAUCUAAUAUUAACUAAGUGAACACAUGGUCAUAAUAAGGCCGAGUGGAGCAUCGGUCAAAGGUUAUGUUUGUAUUCGAAGGUCACGGAUUCAAUCCCUGUACUCGGCAGCUUUUUUAAGUUUUGCCAUUAUUUUCUAAAGCAAUGGUGAACCUAUCCUCAUGAAAUCCUGGAUUCGCCACUGGAAACGAGCCCUCCAAGGUGGGCAGAUUCAUUUGAGGAAGAGGAGCAUAUUACUUCUCCUCCUAGGAGUGAGUUAAGUCCUCAAGCAUCCGUAUUUGUGCCUUCAGGCAAAUCCAUCUAUGACAAUGAGAGAUACAUUGAAUGCAAUUGAUAACUCUAAAAAGAGCUUGUCCAUUACCACCAAGGAUAUGGGAGUAUUGGCAAAGAGCCCUGAGCUAGGAGCUGUAGUUUCAGGAGUUAAUCCAACUACAACUUAUGAUAUUGACUUGGGCUAUGACAUGUUCGAUGGAGAUGAUGAGGAUGAUAUGCUGGAUAUAUGCUUUGAUAAGGUGGCUAAGGAUGGGGAUCUCUGACCUAGGUAACAAACAAGUGAAAGCAACAAAAGCAAAAAGAAGACACAUGGAAGGCAACAUAGUUGGGAUGGUAAGGUGAACGAGGAAUUUGUUCCAAGGCACCUACCGAUGCGACUAGCAAAGCAGAAUCAUAUGACAGUAUCAACAAUUUUAACAAGAUCCAAUAAAUCUAAGAAGUGAUGAACUAUCAAGUGUUGUUGGACAGAUUUAAAGAAGAAGACAAAAAGAAAAUACUUCAAGUUACUUUAGACGGGCAAACUAUCUUUUUUAGGUCAUACAUUUAUAAAAUAAAGUUUGAGGUUGGUAACUCAACUUUAUUCUUAGUUUUUUUAUUUUUGCAUUUCUUAAGCACGCUCAUUUGCAAUAUCAUCAUAGAGUGCAUUAUAAACUCUGUGAUGAUCAGAGAAUAUCUAGUUUUCUCUAGCUCUUAUUUUCUUCAUGCUUGUUAAUUAGUAGAGGUUCAUUACCUCAUUAGGAUUAGUAAGGUAAGACCUAGCCCCCCUUGCUUGUACUCUUCUCUUUGAGGUUUGCUUUUAUUGAUUAAUAAAAAUUAGCUCUAGAAAAAAAAAAAAAAAAAAAAACUUGGAAAUCUUGUGUGAAGCACAUUGACAAAUUCCCAAGUAGCAGCAUCAGCUGUAAGACCAUGGCAUUUCACCAAAACCUGGGCCACAGCUUAUUGCCUUCCUUCACCAUUCUUUUAUGCAAAAUGAAUUUUGGGGCAGUAGGGACUAGCAACAUCCACCACAGGAGGGUAUGCAAUUUGAGAUGGUACUGCAUAACAUUCCUUCAAUAAGGAUACAUGAACUGUAGGGUGGAUUUUGACAGAAUCUGGAAACAAAAGUGUAUAGGAUACAGGGCCCACUCUCUUCAGUAUUUGGAAUGGUCCAUAAUACUUGGCAGCUAAAUUAUGAAAUGGUUGAUUAGAAAUGGCGACUUGUCUGUAAGGUUGCACUUUAAAGUACACCCAAUCUCCCACAUCAAAGUUCCUAUCACUCCUAUGAUUGUCUGCUUCUUGUUUCAUCCUCAAUUGAGCUCUGCAAGUGAUGCUUAAGAAGCUGUAGUUUCAAUUCCCAGUAGAAGCAGAGGUGGGAAGUGACAUGUUGUAUUAUAUGUGUAGUUUUAUAGGACAAGGAUCGCGAUUAGGCGAUAUUUUUGAGUAUUAGAAGUUGCAACAAUAGCUAAAUGUUGAUUGAAGCAAGUGAUUGUAGUAAUAAUUGGAAUAGUUGUAAAGAAGAGUGAACUUAUGCGCAUAAGUGACACCACUUGCCUUGCUUUUGGUGGAAAUUGCUUUCAAAGCAGUUUCCACAUUCAAAGUCACCGAAGACAGGAAUAUUUCUUCGACGAAAUUUUUUCGGCUAUACAAAUGUGGAAAAACAUUAACUUGCAUGUAUUUGUUGAAAGAAACAGAAAAUUUAACUUCUUUGAAAUACCCUGGGGUAAGAUCGACAAUUUUGUUUAGCAAUGGUAGUUAAUAUGUGUAUGUAGACACACAAGGGAAGAAGGAUGGAUAUGGGGAACAUCAUGAAUCAUCUUUUUAUUAGGAUACACCUAGUUUUUACUUUCAUUGAAAUGCUUUUUACUAGUAGUAUGUUUGAGUAUGUACUAUUUUUUACAAAAACAGAAGAAGCUAUUUUUGAUUAUGUACUGAGCACUGUUGUCCUAAAGCAAAUUUAAAGCUACUCUGGAGGAUUGGGAGAAAAGGUUUAACAAAUAAAUAAAGACUUCAAAUGCCAUCAACUUAUUUCUACUCUAAGUGAGUUUAUACUUGGUUGCAGAUUCACUUGAAUUUGUCUGCUUGAAAUAGACUAAAGUGUGUUAGUUUAUCUUUUAUCAAGGUUGAUGAGCUUUUCAUUGAUACAGUCUUGUUAAUU